UUUCGCGUCUACCCUGUUUGUGUUGCCAUAACGCAGAUAAAGAUGCUGUCUGCUGGAGAUGUCCAUGGCUGUCUUCGUAAGCUGGAAAGUCUGCUGCGAGUGUUAAAGUACCCAGGAAAUGUCGACUACAAUGGCCUUUCCAAAGGGGAUCCCUCCGCUUUUCUACCAAUUGUGAGCUUCACCCUCACCUCCUUCUCCCCACCCUUUGCUGAGCAACUACUAGAGGCUGGACUGGAGCUGACUGGCAAAACUGACCUCCGAUUCAUUGACACUCUUUAUAAGGUACUGCGAGACAUCUUCGACUACAAGCCUAUACUGACCAAGCAGCAGUUCCUCCAGUGGGGUUUCUCUCAAAGGAAAAUCUCUGUCAUCUGUGACAUCAUUAACCUGGUCCUGCAGAAACACAACCAACUGAAGAAGCCAAGAGUCAGAUGUCCUGUCUUGCACAGGGAUGGCAGAGGAGAAGCUCUUUCAACGCUGACUAAUGCAGACACUGUGUCCAAGAGGCCAUUUGUUGUGAACCACAUGGAAAAUCCCUCCACUUUUCCCACAAUCUCCUCCCAAGCUGAAGCAUGCUCCUCCAAUAAUGUAACCCGUGCCUCUGAUAAUGAAGUCCACUCCAGUUCUGCUGAAAAUGGGAUCAGAGAGCUGGCAGGACAGGAGGAGGACAAGGAGAACAUUCUUAAUUCAUCAGAGGUGGAGGGAAGGCUUUCAGCACUGGAAGCUCAACAAGAGAUUCUUCUGUCUGGGCUCGAGAGGCUCAGUAUCCUUGAGAGACGCCUGGACGAACUUGACAAAUGGAGAAACACAGACAAGUAUGAUGAACAAGUCAUCACUGUAUCCAAGAAGAGCUGGGAAAAUCUGAUGAGCAGGGUCCUGUUACUGGAAACUAAACUAGAUCUGAGCAAUGUACAGUUAAGUGUGCCGCCGCCAUGUCCGUCAUCUGCCUCUUCGUGUUCUUCAGUUUCCACGUCUGAUGCUUCAAAGGAGGAUCUUAAGGAGAGGCUAGAGAGGAUCACAAACAUGCUGAAGAGCACCUCCAGUCUGCUGAAGAACACUGAAUCCUCCACAAAACUGCAGAUACAUUAUGAGAAAUGAUAAUCAUCUAAGUUUGUGUUGAAUGUAAUAAUACACCACGAUUUUAGUGCACUUUUCUAUCAUCUUAGCAUUGUUAAUGUUCCUUAUUAAACUAAAUUAUCACUAUGAUGUGCCUCUCAGCUUGUAACUCUUCUAACAAAGCUAUCUGUACUUAAGACGAGCCAGGAAACUUCUGUAGUUGCUUUAACUCAGGUCUCAAAGGAAGUGACUGUGAGGAAGAAAUAUUGUCAACAUGAAAAUGAAUUUCUGGUGAUAAAGGCUGAUGAGAGCAAAGCAGAUGAUUUCCGCUGUGUUAACCCUCAUCAAAUAAAUCCUGCAUUGUUAAAACUGCAGGUGCUUGUGUUAAUUGUUUUUCAUUUACUACAGUUUUUGGUAGUGUAUGUGUGUGUGCAUGUGUGGAGCAACAAAUAAAGUUCACUUCACUGAGUCCAUGCAAAUAAAUGCUUGACAGUGAACAUGCUGAGUUUGCAUCACCACUCAAAGAAGGGACAGAAUGUUGGUGUCUCCCAUUUGGCAACCUGCUGGGCAUAACAAAAAAUAAAUUAAGCUAACGCAGAAGAGCCAGAAACUGCACUUCCUCAAAUUGUCACUUGAGACGGGCUCCAAAAGUGAGUCAGUCCCCAUAGAUGUCCAUGUUCAAAUGCCCAACUCUACAGCAGAAACAAACAUGUUGGUCAUGUUUGGUCUCUAUAGCUAAUUUUCAAGACUGAAAUUGGGACAUAAAACAAAGCAUAAUUUAUUUACUAAUGAAAUGUUCUAAUUUCUUGCCUAUGUGACAUUUGAGAGGCCCUGGAAGUUGAUUCAGUUGACAGGAGCAUUUUUGGUCUGAUGUACACAGCUGACAGCACAGGACAUGUUUUUGUAGCAGAGGGAGAGAAGAGAGUGAGCUCCAGUUGGUGGAUUCACCUAGGCAGGCUCUGCAAAGGCACAAGUUCACAUUGUAAACUACAUAAUUCUUCUCUUAUUUCCUCAAUAAAUGCACUUUCUGGCAUGGAGAGUGGCACCACAGUCUUCUUUAUCAGUAAACCAGAAAUGGAAAUGGUUCCCUUUUCAAGACUUUUAUCAGUUUACGAAAAUGAGACGUGUCACUGAAAACAGAGGGUUUUUUUGGUUAUUUUUUUAAUAGAAAUGAUGUAAUGCCACUCAGAAGCAGGCUAAUCAGUGACAAAGAACUGAACACCAAAAUAUUUCUUUCUCUACAAAUCUACUCAAAAUUCAUCAGGUUGUCAUUUGUGCUCCAAUACUGCCAUCUAGUGGGCACUUAGGCAAACACACCACUUUAAAUGAAAAUGUCAAAUA